CCAUUUCCUUUAUUCAUGGCAGCCUCUAUGGUGAACAGGCAGUUUCAUCGCCUCGAACACGCCGGGGUCCGCAGCUUUAAGCCUCCAGCCAGCCCGGAAGAUAAAAACAUUGUGACGAAUGUUGAGUUUGCGUCUAGUGAUGAUGAGGAGUGCAUGACGGAGUUUAAAGAGAGUAUUGAUAAGGGCAAGUCGGAGCUGAAGCCAUCUGUGUUGGAUUUACGAGAUGAAGGGACGGCGGAUAAUUGGAUUGAGCGGAAUGCUUCUUUGGUUCGGCUCACGGGGAAACAUCCGUUUAACUGUGAGGCGCCUCUGGCGCGCCUCAUGCAUCACGGCUUUAUCACUCCCGUGCCGCUUCACUAUGUGCGUAACCACGGCGCAGUACCCAAGGCGACUUGGGCUGACUGGACCGUGGAGGUAUGCGGAUUAGUGAAGCGGCCAGGUUGUUUCACUAUGGAACAACUUGUCAAUGAUUUUCCUAGUAAGGAAUUUCCCGUCAGUCUGGUUUGUGCUGGCAACCGGAGAAAGGAACAGAACAUGGUGAAACAGACUAUUGGAUUUAAUUGGGGUGCUUCCGCCAUUUCAACCUCGGUGUGGAGGGGCGUGCCCCUCCAUCACCUAUUGAAGCGGUGUGGGAUCUACAGCAGGAAAAAUGGCGCCCUCAACGUCUGUUUUGAGAGCGCCGAAGAUCUUCCAGGCGGUGGCGGAUCCAAAUAUGGAACUAGCAUUAAAAAGGAAUUCGCAAUGGAUGAAGCCAGAGAUAUCAUCUUGGCCUACAUGCAAAACGGUGAGCUUCUGUCACCGGAUCAUGGAUUCCCUGUUCGGAUGAUUAUUCCGGGAUUCAUUGGUGGCCGGAUGGUGAAAUGGUUGAAAAGGAUAGUUGUCACAACCAAAGAGUCCGAAAAUUAUUAUCAUUACAAUGAUAACAAGGUUCUCCCUUCUCAUGUGGACGCUGAGCUGGCCAAUUCGGAAGCUUGGUGGUAUAAGCCGGAGUACAUCAUCACUGAGCUUAACAUAAACUCAGUGAUUACGACACCGUGCCAUGAUGAAAUCUUGCCUGUAAAUUCAUAUACAACACAAAGGCCCUACAUUUUGAGAGGAUAUGCUUAUUCCGGAGGGGGUAAAAAAGUGACAAGAGUGGAAGUAACUAUGGAUGGAGGAGAGAGCUGGCAAGUUUCAAAGUUAGAGCACCAAGAAAAGCCAAACAAGUAUGGCAAGUAUUGGUGCUGGUGCUUCUGGUCAUUGGAAGUGGAAGUUCUAGACUUGCUUGCUGCUAAAGAGAUAGCUGUUCGGGCUUGGGAUGAAACGCUUAACACACAACCCGAGAAGCUCAUUUGGAAUCUUAUGGGCAUGAUGAACAACUGUUGGUUUCGAGUGAAGACUAAUGUGUGUAAAGCACACAAGGGGGAGAUUGGAAUUGUUUUUGAGCACCCGAUUCAGCCUGGAAACCAGUCCGGUGGAUGGAUGUCAAAGGAGAAAACGCUUGUAAAGAGGAGCGUGUCGACACCUUUCAUGAACAAGGCUUCCAAGGUUUACUCAAUGUCUGAAGUCAGCAAACACAGCUCAGCAGAGUCUGCAUGGAUCAUUGUCCACGGCCACAUUUAUGACUGCACUCGCUUCCUAGGGGAUCAUCCUGGUGGCGCUGACAGCAUCCUCAUUAAUGCGGGUACUGACUGCACCGAGGAAUUUGAUGCCAUUCACUCAAACAAGGCUAAGAAGAUGUUGGAAGAUUACAGAAUUGGAGAGUUGAUAACAACCGGCUAUACUUCAGAUUCUCCUAAUAAUUCUCUUCAUGGUGCAACCAAACUCGUAGCACUUGUUCCGAGAGAGAAGAUCCCAUGCAAACUUAUUUCCAAGACCGCAAUCUCCCACAACGCGAGGGUGUUUCGUUUUGCGUUGCCUUUGGAAGAUCAGGUACUUGGUUUGCCUGUGGGUAAGCACAUAUUUUUAUGUGCUUCUAUUAACAACAAGCUAUGCAUGAGACCUUACACGCCAACUAGCACCAUAGACGAAGUUGGCUACUUUGAACUUGUCGUAAAAGUAUAUUCCAAAGGUGUAGUCCCCAAAUUUCCUGAUGGAGGACUAAUGUCACAAUAUCUAGAUUCAAUACCGCUUGGGACGGUCUUAGAUGUUAAGGGUCCCUUGGGUCAUAUCGAGUACACGGGCAGGGGUAACUUCACAGUGAGUGGCAAACACAAGUUUGCCAAGAAACUGGCCAUGAUUUCCGGAGGGACCGGUAUCACCCCUGUUUAUCAAGUGAUGCAAGCAAUAUUGAAGGAUCCAGAGGAUGAAACAGAAAUGUAUGUUGUGUAUGCAAACAGGAGUGAAGAUGACAUAUUGCUGAAAAAUGAGCUUGAUGCUUGGGCUGAGAAGUACGCGGACAAGGUGAAAGUAUGGUAUGUUGUGGAGAAAGCAAAUGAGGGAUGGAAAUACAGUUCUGGUUUCAUCACUGAGGCUAUCUUAAGGGAGCAUAUUCCGGCAGGGUCCGAGGAUGUUUUGGCAUUGGCUUGUGGUCCGCCGCCUAUGAUUCAAUUUGCGGUUAAUCCAAACCUGGAAAAGAUGGGAUAUGAUAUCAAUGACUCCUUGCUAGUGUUUUAAAUAGCUUAA